AUGUACUAUCUUAUUAGAUCAAGCAUAAUCUUUCUCAUGCCAAUGCAUCAUUUGAAGAAUAUAACAGUUAUAGCAAAAUAAAGCAUUUCAGAUAUGAUAUAUUCAAAUCGGGUCAUAAAGCAAUGUAUGCUCCAACCAUGCAAGUUCAUAAACAUGAUAAUGCAAGUCAUAUAAAAAUGCUGCCAUUCAUCCAUACUUUAUAAAUUCUACUCUCAGACGGACGUGCUGCUAUGGUCACUAUAAUUCCGUGACAGAGCUCGUAUUCGAGUGUUGGCCCGCGGAGCUUUGCGGUCCCAAACCCCGCGCCAAGGUUGAGGAUUUGCCGUGUGUUGGGACCGACUUGAUGUGGGUAUCCUUCUUCCUUCUUGCUGCCGAUGGAACCUUGCCUAUGCUCUACCUCUAUGGGCGCUCGGCAAAGGGAAAGAAUCAAUGUAUGCGGGGCUGAAUUGCAAGCAAAUGACUCUAUUCCAAUCAAGCAACGAUUACAUAGGACUCAUGGCAAGAUCCGGAAGGAACCUUGCGACGCCUAAACAAUCUAAGGGGAGUGAUGUUCUCCUCCUUGGCCCAAGCCUUUCGGCCGACAAACAAAGGGGUACAACCCUUGACUCUAUGCUGGAAAUUCAAAUACUAGAAGAUGAUUGCCUAAGGGCCCUAAUGGCUCCUCUUAUAGGCUGAUUGCCUUGGCUUAUUUUGAACUAAAUUCAAAUGACAAAGGACUUCUAAUUCGGCCGCAAGGGUGACUAUACUUGGCUCUCUCUUGGCCAUGUGCUGCAUUGAGGUGGGCGCUCGGGAUUGGCUGCAUGGUCGGCUCGGGCGCAAGUCUUGUGUGGAUGCUGCCAUGUGUCCGGGCGGAGCCUGAUUUGGCUGUUGUUUUGGUUGGUUGGGCUGUGCUUCCUGAUUAUGCGCCGCUGUUGCCUUGGCUCCCACGGAUUGCUGGCGUGGCUGACCUCUGCGCGUCCAUCCUUUGGCCUGUUACAUCCUGGCUGCUGGUGUCUUCUCCUGCCGAAUCCCUAUGGAAGAGCCCGCAGGCUCCUCCUUUGAUUCUGCGCGUGCGCUUUCCAUGUUUGGCUCGGCGCUGAUGCUGGGACGCUUGCCAUGUGUCCCUGUUGGUUGGCUUUGGCCGGGCGCAAUCUGCUGAUGGUUUUUCUUGUUUGGCCUUGCACGCGGAUGAUUGCCACUUGUCCUUGGGCGCGCUCUCGGUCGAGCUGACCGCGGCUUUCCUUGUUUGGCCUUGCGCCUUGCGCGCGGAUGGUUGCCACUUGUCCUUAGGCGCGCUCUUGGUCGGGCUGACCGUGGCUUUCCUUGUUUCGCUCUCGGGCGUGCGCGCGCUAGCUGAUCCGAGUCCAAUGCAUGCGGGCUCGGUUGCCUUGUUGUGUCUUUGGUCGGGCUCGACCCGUGCGCUGUCCUUGGGCUUGUCUGGCUUGGUCGCGCUCGGCCGAAUGCAGUCUUGGUCGGUCUUUGCGCUUGCUGUGCGUCCUUGUGCGUGUGUGCCCAAGUGCGCACACACGGGCUGGUGCCCCUAGUUGCCGCUCGUGCCCAUGCCCAUGUCUGGCGUGAAUCACAUACCUAGCCAUAUAAAGACUUGACUCUAAGGUUGGUCAUUAUCUUUUGAGGGAACAUCACCCAACCAUAAUAAGUGUAUCGACUCCAUUUUAUUUCAGGUUCUACCCCAAAUAUAAUUAAUCGAUCUUGUUGUGAAUCGAUCCCAAUCCGAUCUGGAGUGAACCUACAUCAAACAUAGAUUUUAAGUUAGUCACUUAUCCAGUGCUAAUCUUGCAAGUAUUUGACAGUUGAUCCAAAGUUAUCUAUCACACUGAUUUUGAUCGAGAAGAACGAGAUCUUAAAUUAUGUUACAUAAUGAGCUGAGCAUCCCUCAAUUUGGAAGAUCAAGAUUCCUUAAAUUUCGAGGACGAAAUUUUUUAUUAAGGAUGGGAGAAUGUAAUAUCCAGCCCAAAAGUGGAUUUUGGGCCGAUUGGGCCAAAGCCGGCGGGUCAAACCGGCUUCAGCCCAUGGUCGAAGAAAAGACUAAAACAGAGGAUCACAAUAGUCUUCUUUCUCAAGAGUAACGGAGGCGAGAUAGGAGCGGGGACAUCGCGGCCUCUUGAAUGGCCUCCGAUCCCGCUCAACCGCCGCGAGCAUCACGGCGGUGAACAAGCCUCAGCCAUUUCGAAUAGCGCCUAUAAAAAAAAAGAGGAAAGGAAGAAAGAACCCGGAUCGCUCACCAUCCCGAUCAUUUCCAACUCUUCCACUCUUCUUUUCUCCCUCCUUCCUCCUCGGCUAGGGUUUUCAGAGCCCUUACCUAUGCCGCCGGAGUGGGUGGUCGCAGCUUCUUCCUGGAACUAGGUGCGGUGAAGUUGUCGUCGCGAUCUAGGAUUUGCAAGCGAACCGAGAUAAUUAAGGCGAUUAGGAGCGGAAAAGAGUAAAUAAAAAUUGGAGUUGAAGCAUAGUUACAGAGAUUCUUAGAAGUAUCUAUGUUAAUAAGUUUGGGGGCUUCGUGUUAUUGUUGACAGCAACCUACAAUAGCACGGCCGUGUCAUGAACCAGAUCUACGGCACCAAAAAAUCAUGCUCGGAUCCGGGACGUGACAAAGACGGCGACGGCUGGAUGUUUCCGAAGGAAUGGACUCCGCCUUGUGGGAGCUGCUGCACAAAGAAAUACGCCAAUCUCGUCCAAAUUCCAUGGAGAGUUUUCUGCAAGAAGGGGUGCGAUACAGAUGGUGAGACCUGGGAAGAAUGUGAAGGCUGGCUGCACAUGCUAUCAGAUUCAUGUGUGAUUCAAAAUUAUGAGGUGCAGAGUGUGGCGCACACCGCGUGUAUGCGGUCUUCCCUUACAUGUGCAUGUAUAGGAGAGUGCAAUGAGAUAUGCUAUAAGGAUCCAGUUUUCAAGGACCACCAGUGGAGUGCCUAUAUUGAUAGAUCUCCGGGACAUGACAAUUAUUCUUUGGACUGCUUCCAUGCCUGUGUUUCUGGCUGUGGUUUCAAGUUUGAUACUCCACCUGAGAAGGUCGACCAAGUUCAGCCAAACAGGCCACCAAAGCCACCCACUGCGAGCAAACCUAGACUUGCAGCAUCAAAUGUGAAACCUACUCCAACAACUGAUGAUUUACCUUGCACAUCAGCAUAGAAAUUCCAGUAUAUUUUCUCAGCCAAUGUCUCAUACCAGUUACAGGAAGCUUGUAAUAUGGGUGCCAUCUUCCAGCAACCUGCAACAUGCCUGCAUCCCCAAGUGGCUUGUUUUAUUGUUCAGUUGGGGCUUUCACAACUUGUCUAACUGAAGCUUACAUCAGUGGCCGAUUAUGGAAUGCCAGAAUGUAAGUGGACAAAGGAGUAUGCUGACGGCCAUUGUGAACCAUCUAUUGAACUAUGUUUCUUGCAUUAUACCAAUGCAGUUAAAUUUUUCCAACUGGUACUUAUA